UCUGUAGGUGAAGAGAUGGCGUUUGUGAAGAGUGGCUGGUUGCUGCGACAGAGUACUAUUUUGAAGCGCUGGAAGAAGAACUGGUUUGAUCUGUGGUCGGAUGGUCACCUAAUCUAUUAUGAUGACCAGACUCGGCAGAAUAUCGAGGAUAAGGUCCACAUGCCAGUGGACUGUAUCAACAUCUGCACGGGGCAGGAAUGUCGGGAUAUUCAGCCUCCAGAUGGAAAGUCAAAAGACUGCAUGCUCCAGAUUGUUUGUCGAGAUGGGAAAACAAUUAGUCUUUGUGCAGAAAGCACAGACAAUUGCUUCAGGCAUACGGCUGUGGGCCAUACAGUGGUGCGUACCCGCCAGGAACUCAAGUUGUCUAUGCUGCGAAUGGGCAGGCGUAUGCCGUGCCCUACCAGUACCCCUAUGCAGGACUUUAUGGACAGCAGCCUAACCAAGUCAUCAUUCGAGAGCGGUAUUGAGACAACGACAGUGACCUGGCACUGGGCAUGCUGGCAGGAGCAGCCACGGGCAUGGCCUUAGGGUCUCUAUUUUGGGUCUUCUAGGGGCCUCAAGGUCUUGAUGUGCGUAGCUUCUGAUAACCCUGUGUGCAAUAAUAUGAUUUGCAGGGCAUUUCUGUUUGUGGCAAAUGUUUUUAAUAAUAGUUUUAAUCGUUCCUUUGAAAGUAGUGAUGUCAUAAUUGUAACUAAUCCACAUAAGUACCACAGAGAA